CUGGGCGGGAGGUAGCGGUUCCUGAGCAGCGGGAUGGAGGCGGCGGCGGGGCAGCAGCAGUCUGCCGGGUCGCGCUCCCUGGCCAGACCCCUGGCCCGAGCCCUGUCCCGCGGCCGCCCCCAGGAGCGCCCCGGCUGCCCACCGGCCUCCGCCGGCGGCUCGAAGGCCGAGGCGCGGGUGCUGGUCAUCAACACGGGCGGCACCAUCGGCAUGGUGCAGGACGUCAAGGGACUUGCUCCUGAGGCCAAUAAAUUAGUAAGCAGCUUGAAAACGAUGCCGAUGCUGCAUGAUGAGGCAUAUGCCCGGGAAACAAAACUGAACAACUUCCACGAAUUUCCAGAUAACACAUUGGUGCUCCCUGUCUCUAAGCAAAACAAAAGAAUUUUUUACACAAUCCUGGAGCUCUCACCGCUGCUUGAUUCUUCCAACAUGACGCCAGAGGACUGGGCCAAAAUUGCAAAGAAACUUGAGGAGCACUAUGAAAAGUACGAUGGUUUUGUGAUCCUUCACGGCACUGAUACCAUGGCCUAUACAGCUUCAGCCUUAUCCUUCAUGUGUGAGAACCUGGGUAAAACUGUUGUUCUGACAGGAUCUCAGGUGCCCAUAUAUGAGUUGCAGAAUGACGGCCGAGCCAACCUUCUGGGGGCAUUGCUCUUCGCUGGGCAGUUCGUGAUUCCUGAGGUGUGCCUGUAUUUUUAUAAUAAACUGUACAGGGGAAAUAGGGUGACUAAGGUGGAUGCUGGGAGUUUCAAUGCCUUUUCCUCACCUAACCUGCCUCCACUUGCAAAUGCUGAGGUUGAUAUUACAAUAAACUGGGAAACGGUGUGGAGAGCCAAUACCAAAAAGAAAUUUCAAGUUCACACCAAUAUGAACAGGAAUGUUGGGCUUCUGCGAAUCUUCCCAGGAAUCACUGCUGCUGCUGUAAAAGCGUUUCUUCAGCCUCCAAUUGAGGGCAUUGUACUUGAAACUUAUGGAAGUGGCAAUGCCCCAAACAACAGAGAAGACUUGCUGGAAGAACUGAAGAAAGCAGCCGAACGAAAAGUAGUGAUUCUAAACUGUACGCAGUGCUUGCGAGGGUCUGUUAAAACUGUCUAUGCAACAGGGCAGACUCUCGCUGAUGUUGGAAUAAUUCCUGGAGGUGAUAUGACACCAGAGGCAGCCCUAACUAAACUGUCAUACACACUCAGCAAGAGUAAGCUUAGCUGGGAGGAGAAGAAGCAGAUGCUGAGUGAGAAUCUAAGAGGAGAAAUGACUGUUGUACCCACAGGAGCCAAGAUCUCUCUGAGAGAUAGCAAGUUUAUUCAAGUGAUUGCCAAAUCUCUAAGUAUCAGCAGCAAGGAGGAGUUAGAAGCUGUAAGAGAUGCAUUAAUUCCACCUUUGGCUUGUGCUGCAGCUAAACUGGGUGACAUAGACGCACUAAGAGCCAUAGCAGAAAUGGGUGGAAACUUGAGCUGUGGAGACUAUGAUGGCCGAACUCCACUUCAUAUCGCAGCCUCCGAAGGGCAUUUACCAUUAGUUGAGUAUUUGUUGACAUCUGGCGCAACUGUUUAUGCUAGAGACAGAUACGGAUCUACCCCACUGAUGAAUGCAGUCAAGUUCAGGCACAUACAAGUGAUCACUUUGUUACGAGAAACAGGAGCGCACCUUUCAAGCCAUGACUUGGAGAACAUUGGAACAAUACUCUGCAGCCUUUCGGCUAAAGGCGACGUGGAUGGACUGUAUGCCUGGUACCUAGCUGGUGCAGACCUGGAGCAAACUGGUUAUGAUGGCAGGAGUCCCCUACAAGUAGCAGAGGCUACAGGGCAUAAGGAGGUUCUUGACUUACUUAGACAAAAGCAGUAAAGAAGAGAGGAAAUGCCGUCUGUCGGGCAGGGUGCCAGGCCUGGUUUUCAGGGUGCCAUGCCCACAGCACAGGAGCAUACGCUUCUCCAGCACAGCUGCCAGGCGAUCACAGCCCUUCGGCUGCACUCCCUCCCACUCAGGAGGUCCUACAGUGGUACCUACAGCAUUUCCACCUCUGCUCUCCAUCUGGCUUUUAAUGGAGCACCUUACCCCAGCCCAUCUUCUUAGUCAACCACCACGGGACAUGUGGGGCGGACUGUGAAUAGACGGGAGUUAGUUGUACCUCACAUACAGACUGCAGAAGGCCGCCUUUCAACAGGGAGCUCUGCCAAGGCGUUGCCCUCCCUCCGUGCAGAGUGCCAUGGCCUUUCUCUUACUCACACCUGAGAUGUAGCUGCCUGGUUGUCCCUGACACGGACUCCCAGCACAGACCUCUUCUGUGCUGCUAACACACGAGGUGUGUUCCCCUGGCUGUGUGCGUGUGAGGCAGGUGUGAGCCUCGCGUUCAAAGCAUCAGAUCUGACAAGUCUAUAGCAAACUUGUCUGGGCGUUUGACCACCUCCGGUGCUGUGCUGUAACUGGAGACAUUUAAAACACACUCGCCUUUCGUUUCUCAGAACUCCUUUCUGUUGCAAUAAGUUGUUGAUUUAGGUAUCUCUUCUACCAUGUAUUGGCAAGUCUAAUCCCAAUUUAAAUUGCGGGAGGAGAUGAUCUCCUUUAUUUAAUAAAAUUGACGCAAAAUUUAGUUAAAGGUUUUGCUGCAUCCAUGGCUACCUUACCUCUUGUGUGUCCCACUUCGUCAAUGAAAGUGAAUUAAUGUGGAUAUAAGUGGGGAACCGCAACUGGAACAAUAGCAUUUUUUCAUCACUGUGUAGUGGUCUGAAUGGACAUAGGACAGAAUCAGGCAUUUUUUGCUUUCCUGUAAAAUUCUUUGUUUAUAGCUAAUAUAGAAGGAUUAGAUAAAAUUGGUCUUGAGCAUUUAAAUGGAAGUUUUCCAGUGUCCAGGAUGAAGAUGCUAAAAAUGCCUUCAGAAUAUGGGUUAUGUUGCAAAGGCAUUUCCAUUUUCAGUGAAAUAUGUCUGCAAAAGUCACUUUUCUUUUGUAAGUGGGGAGCGAAUGUGUUAAAUCCUCAACUCCUACAUGGAUCAUCUCUUAAUUCCUUUGGACUGAGCCACCAGUAGUGUGGGCAGUCUGAAGGAAGUCUUCAGUACCGCAUGAGAACUUGCGUGGCAGGCUACAGGGCAAUCUCUUCUCAGGAAGGUUGUGGAUACCGCCUAGUUCU